CCGUGAUUGGCGCUCGUGUCUGAGAGGGAUUUGAUUGGUUGGCUGCGCGGACCCUUCUAUUCAGUCGGCAGGAAAGAUGGCGCUGAGGGCUCUGGUCGGUGUCAAGCGGGUCAUAGACUAUGCAGUGAAGGUCCGAGUGAAGCCUGAUAAGACCGGCGUGGUCACCGAUGGUGUGAAACACUCCAUGAACCCGUUCUGCGAGAUCGCUGUGGAAGAAGCCGUCAGAUUAAAGGAGAAGAAGAUCGUCAGCGAGAUCAUCGCAGUCAGCUGUGGCCCCCAGCAAUGCCAGGAGACAAUCCGAACGGCGUUGGCCAUGGGAGCCGACCGCGGGAUCCACGUUGACGUUUCUGCGAAGGAUGCAGAGGCCCUCGGACCUUUCCAGGUCUCGAAGAUCCUGGCAGCGCUGGCCAAGAAGGAGAACGUGAACCUGGUGCUCCUGGGAAAACAGGCCAUAGAUGAUGACUGUAAUCAGACCGGACAGAUGACUGCAGCCCUGCUGGACUGGCCUCAGGCCACUUUUGCAUCCGAGGUUAAAGUGGAAGGCGAGAAGCUGACAGUGACCCGGGAGAUAGAUGGAGGGCUGGAAACCAUCAGCAUGAAGCUUCCAGCCGUGGUGACCGCCGACCUGCGGCUAAAUGAACCGCGUUAUGCUACUCUACCCAACAUCAUGAAAGCCAAAAAGAAGAAGAUUGAAACUGUGAAGCCAUCAGACCUGGGGGUGGAGACCACAAGCCGCGUACAUAUACUGAGCGUGGAGGACCCCCCGCAGAGACAGGCCGGGGUCAAAGUGGAAACCGUAGAGGAUCUUGUGAACAAGCUGCGGGAGAGCGGCCACAUCUAG